CUCAGCAAUUGUUGGUUAGUUUUUUUUAAAUUUACCAGUGUCCCAGUUUUUAUUCAAAUCCUUGAUUUAUUUAUUUUAUAUCAUUAUUAUUAUUUAAUAUACCGCACUGUCGGUCUCUGUGUGCAAUGUAUGUGUAUUAGCUACUUAGGUGACAUGCCUAGCAGUCGCGACAUUGAACGCGCCGAUCGUAAUGGAAGAUUUAAAUCACGUCGACGUGACAGUGUUGGUAGUGAUAUAAAUCGUCAUAGUUUUGAUAAUAAUGAAAAGAGACAUCGUAGACACGGAAAAAGUGGCAGGAGUUCUGGUAAAAAAAAGAAAAAACGUUCGCGAGACAAAUCUUUAGACGGCGGAGUUCCGCGAAUCGCUUCAUCGGUUGUUAAGCCGCUUGUUGAGUACUCGGAUGUAAGUAGUGAAGAUUUAUCGGGCCCGGAAGCUGGUGAAAUACAAUCGGAAGAGAGUCGUGGUGGUAACAGUUACACGGACGGUGAAUUGGGUGAACGUUUGUUGAGAGCCCGGUACUAUGGUAACAGCCCAAAACGACCGGUUGGAGGCGGACCUGGAGCUGGAGCUGGUGAUCUCAGGGCAUCUCCGAUCAGCAUGUCCCCAUCGCCCCCGAUGCAUCGCCAUCAGAGACAUUACUCGCCGGUUGAAGAACCUCAGCAGCAGGUUGUACACGAGUCCCCGGAAUAUCCGGAGGAAACGCGUCGGUACUCGAGGAGAAAAGAGAAGAAGCAUAGACGGGAGAAGAAGAAAAAAAUAAGUCUUAGUCCUAGUAGCUCGAGUACCUCGAAGAAGAGGAAGAGAAAGUCGAAACGUGCGUCAAGGAGUCUCAGUCCUGAGAUUAUUGACGAGAGGGAUCAUGUUAUUAUUGAGGAGAGUCCGGUACAUGAUAAAAUAAUGGAAAAGUGGCCGGAGUCACCGCCUUUGCCUUUGAAAGACGACACAUCACCAAUAUCACCCGCGACACCUGUUAAAUAUUCACCUCAUCAGCAGAGGUCGCCCAGUGAUAUGGAUCUUGAGUCACCCCAACGUGAUGAACACAACGUAACACCUCCGACGAUGAUCAUGUCCAGACGAACUGAGUCUCCUCACACUCCGCUGCUGCCACCGCGGCCUAUUUCCCCGGAGAAGGCUUACUCGAAGCACAUGAGUCCUGAGAUAAUUAAAACAAGUCCUAAUAUACAUCGUAUUCAUCACAGUGACAGUCCACCGGCGACGAGCAGCGUUCGUAGACGACACAGUCCCAGUCCUGCGUCGAGACGACGGGAGCACAGUCCGCCGAGAAGACGAGAAUUCAGUCCAAGUCCUGUAUUACACAGGAUGCGACACUCUCCUAGUCCACGACGCCGUGAAUUUAGUCCCAGUCCUACUGGACAUCGUCGCGGUCGCGAUCCCAGGUCCUCGGGGUCACCUGCAAGCAAACGGAGGAGGCGCGAAGACAUGAUGAGACAUCGGCAUCAUGAGCGCGAGCGUAAGGAGAAGAGGAAGACGAGAGUAAUGAGAAGUCCUAUGAGUCGCGGGUUGCCUCAGACGAUGUCACGUUCCCGAUCACGCAGUCCCGGUAGGUGGAGAAAAUUAUCACGGUCACGGUCUAGGUCAAGGCGACGUAGUCGUACUCCGAAGAGGUCUCGCUCGCCGGGAAAAUUGCAGCGUUCGGUGAGAAAACGGUCAAAGAGUCCUCGCAACAGAAUACCCUCGCCUACGCAGCAUCGCACACGCGCCAGAAGUCCCAUGAGUCUGAAGGCCAUAAAUUUACGCAGUCAGGCAAAAAUUAAUGAAACGACUUUAUUUGCUGAGAUGGUAAAAGACAGAAAUAUCAAGGAAUUGGCUUACAAGAAGUAUCAGGCAGCUAAAGAGAAGGAGGUAAACAGCCAGGACGACGUCCAGAUUAUUGAAGGAACUGACGAGAAAGACGGCAGCAGCACGUCCUUCGACAGCAAAACUACAGACAAGUCCAACGGACGCCCGGAUUCUAAAUCUGUUGAAGUUGUUGAUAUUCCUGUGCCGAUUCCCGGAUCCGCUGAGGCCACCACCGAAGCUCUGACUCCUCCACUUCCUAAUCCACCAGCUUCGGCACUUCAGGCUCCUCCGACUAGUGUACAUAACUCACCCCUGCCACCCAAUAAUGGUCCUUUGUUACCAGUUAACAAUGCCGUUAAUCCUCCAGCUAAAACUCCACCUCCUCCUCCGCCUCCACCACAACCAGAGUCAACUCACCCUGGCCAAGCCCAAGUACCCACGACAGUACCUGUUAUUACUGGAAAUUCACUAGCAACUCCAGUAGCAAGUCACGCUGUUGGAUCUCCAGCAGUCACGUCAUUGUCAUUGACUCCGACUCCGACUCUGACACCAACGAUAUCAUCAUCAGCAUCAACAUUACCACUGACACCAACAAAUGCCAUUUCAAAAUUCAAUACUCCCAAUAAUUUAGUUCCAAUUAAAUCAAUAGAUCCUCCAAAGACGCCGUUCAUUCAAUUUAAAACAGCAAAGUUAUCAAAACUUCCUUUACCACCAGGUAUAAAUCAAAACGAUUUAGAGAGCAUCGAUUCUCCGCCAAGUAGAUCACCAAGUCCUCAAAGAUCUUCUGUAAAAGUUGGCGCCACUCCGACAAAACCGGGGGUCAAGAAAAGUAUAACGGAGCUGCCGAUGCCGCCUGUUGUCCAGGGCACUGAUGACUACAGCGGCGAGGACGAUCCUAAUGCGACGCCACCACGAGGUACACUGGACCGCGUUGCACCCAAGCCAAAGCUCAAGCGACCUAAAAUACUGAAGAAGAGAAAUUCUCGUAACUGUCAUGUGCCAAUGUCUGCUUCGGGCGGGAAAGACUGGGGCGAGCGGUGCGUUGACGUCUUCGAAGUUAUUGCACAAAUUGGUGAGGGUACUUAUGGCCAGGUCUACAAGGCACAGGACAAACGCGCGGGGGUUCUUGUUGCGCUGAAAAAGGUCAGGCUGGAAAAUGAAAAAGAAGGAUUUCCAAUAACUGCUGUCAGGGAAAUUAAAAUCCUGAGACAGCUUAAUCAUAAAAAUAUUGUCAACCUCAGGGAAAUAGUCACGGACAAACAAGACGCUAAAGAUUUUAGAAAAGACAAGGGAUCAUUUUAUUUGGUCUUCGAGUACAUGGACCACGACCUGAUGGGUCUGCUGGAGUCGGGAAUGGUUGAUUUCAACGAAAUGAACAACGCCAGUAUAAUGAAGCAGCUGCUAGAUGGACUAAAUUAUUGCCAUGGGAAAAAUUUUCUGCACCGUGACAUCAAGUGCUCCAACAUCUUGAUGAAUAAUCGCGGGGAAGUUAAAUUAGCAGACUUCGGUCUAGCUCGACUUUACAACGCAGAAGAUCGUCAGCGACCGUACACAAAUAAAGUGAUAACUCUGUGGUACAGACCACCCGAAUUACUUCUUGGCGAAGAACGAUAUGGUCCCGCUAUCGAUGUCUGGAGUUGUGGUUGCAUACUCGGUGAAUUGUUCUGGAAGAAACCACUUUUCAAGGCAAACAUGGAAGUGAUGCAACUAGAAAUGAUUUCCCGUGUUUGCGGUACACCGACACCAGCAGUAUGGCCUUCUGUGAUAAAACUUCCACUGUGGCAUACUCUUAAAGUAAAAAAGACCCACCGUCGGCGAUUGAGAGAAGACUUUUCGUUUAUGCCCUCGACGGCACUAGAUCUCUUAGACAAAAUGCUAGAGUUGGAUCCAGAAAAACGUAUCACUGCUGCUGAUGCACUUAAAAGUGCCUGGUUAAAGAAUGUUGAACCAGAGUGUAUGCCUAUUCCUGAGCUGCCUAAAUGGCAAGACUGUCAUGAACUUUGGAGUAAAAGACGACGUCGGCAGCUACAAGAACAAGAGAAUGCGGGCUUAAAUUGAAGCCAUUGAGACACAAGUGUGCAAGAGUUUGCUGGAUAAAUUCCAUUAUCACCUGGAUAUAAUCUUCAUCAGUCCAAUUAGCGCCUCCAUCAAUAUAAAUUCAUAAAUAUAUAUAUACAUAAAUAUGUGUAUAUAUAUAAAUAAAAUUGGAUCGUGUAAUUAUUUUUAAGUACGUGAUAUACUUUUUUUUGUCUCCACAAAUAUAAUAAUUAUAUCUAUUAAUUAAUUAGUCAUAUAUAUAUUAGGGUGGUCGUUAAAAAUUCAAUUUUCUCAGACGCACGAUCAAAAGCUUCUUUUCAGUUGAAAAAUACCUGGGGAAUUUCGUUUUUUCUUUUUAAGUCAAAAGAACACGUGGCUCAGGACGAUCAAAAUUUUUCGAUGCAAUCGCGGUUUUUUUUAAAUAUCUCAUGAAAUAUGCAGAUUAAAGGAAAAAAUCAUAGGAACAAUUUUGUAGGGAAUUAAAUUCUUGACAAAAAAGGUCACAUUCAUUUUUUUUAUAAAAUGUGUAUUUACGAAGAUAUUUACAAAAAACUUUUUUAGAUCUUAGCAGUUGAGCAUUUUAAGGAUUACGAAUGUUAAAAAUAACAUUUUUCUAAUGUAUAUAGAAACUAUAACGAGUAUUAAUGAUUGAUAUGUUAUGAGUUACGAAGUUGUCUCUAUUUAAGAAAAAAAGUCAUUUUUAACAUUCGUAAUUCUCUAAAUGCUCAAUUGCUAGGAUCUAAAAAAGUUUUUUGUAAAUAUCUUCGUAAAUACACAUUUUAUAAAAAAAAUGAUCAUGACCUUUUUUGUCAAGAAUUUAAUUUCCUACAAAAUUGUUCCUAUGAUUUUUUCCUUUAAUCUGCAUAUUUCACGAGAUAUUUAAAAAAAACCGCGAUUGUAUCAAAAAAUUUUGAUGAUCCUGAAGUUAGCAGACAUUAAAAAAUUUUUGAAUUUUUGUUUUUCGACAAUUCAAUUGCAGAAAAAUAAAAUAAAAAUAUGCACAUGUAGAAAAUUUUAAAAACUACAGGUGCAAUUUUUUCAAAUAUUUUUUUUUUAUGUUUUAUUGUCUAAAAAAAAAUCCAAAAAUUAUUAGACGUCUGCUAACUUCAGUAUCAUAAAUUUUGAUCGUCCUGAGCCACGUGUUCUUUUUACUUAAAAAGAAAAAACCAAAUCACCCACGUAUUUUUUCACUGAAAAGAAGCUUUUUAUGGUGCGUCCGAGAAAAUUUAAUUUUUAACAACCACCCUGAUAUACAUACAUAUAUAUAUAUAUAUAUAUAUAUUUUUAAAUUAAAAAUUAAUACAUGCAUUACCUUUUCCACUCCAUUUUUUUCCUAAUCGAAAGAUUAAACGAAAAAGGAAUGAGGAAAUAAUAAAUUUUGAAAAAAGAAAAAA